AUGUCAUUUGGUCGACCGCCCACGUUCUCGGACUUCAAAGUGUCGCCACCCGAACGUGGCUCCUUCCCACUCGACCAUGAUGGCGAAUGCAAGUCGGUGAUGCAGGAAUACAUGAACUGUAUCAAGUACAACCGAAACGACAAUGGCAAAUGUCGACACCUUUCGCGGGCGUAUCUGCAAUGUCGAAUGGACAAAGGUCUCAUGGAGCAAGACAACAUGGAUAACCUCGGUUUCAAGGAUGUCGUUGACCCAGCAUCUACGGAAACAAAGAAUGCGGCUGCGGCUGCGGCUGCUUAUCGAGCCGCAUCGCAAGGCAGAGGUGCGCAUUCGGGCUUAGCUGUAAGUUAUGCCGGUGAUACACAUGGUGUAGAGCGUCACACCAACAGCGCAAAAGCAGGGAGUGGUAGCGCAGCGGACGAGAGCAAUCGUGACGCGAAUGCUCGAGCCAAUGCAAACGGUCACGUCAGCAGACAAGAUGCAAGCUAUGCCGGCGACAGUCACGCACAAAGCGGAACUGCAAGGUUAGUAUGA